GCAAGCAGGUUUCCUUUUUGUUCAUCACCACCCGUCGAAGUUGUGCAAAAAAAAAACAAAAGUUCAGUGCAAUGGAAUCCCCGCAAUCCUACGGUUACGUUUACAUGAUGGGAGCCCCGAUGGUCCAUCAAACCACCGCCAACAGCUGGGGCUCAUCCUGUUCGACUGGAAGCAGCGGUUACGACAACGAAGAAUACAGAAGCUCCAGCCCCGAGUCCCAAUCGGACAGAUCGAAGACCACGACCCGGGUGACACCGAUCGUGUUGAGGAAGAGGAGGUUGGCGGCGAACGCACGUGAACGCCGUCGCAUGCAGAACUUGAACCAGGCCUUCGACAGGCUCAGGACGUUCCUUCCGCAACUGGGACAGGACAGACAACUCUCCAAGUACGAGACCCUCCAGAUGGCUCAAACGUACAUCUCCGCACUGUACGACCUCCUGGAUCAGCAAACGCCGAGCCCGUAAGCGCAGAACAAUUGUUGGUCUAUCUGCAACGACCGAGAAAAACACACGAAUACACUAAGUCAAUUCAAUUAUGAAUGUUAUCGCUGUUAAUUGUUGAUUAUUUUUAAGAUUUGUACAUGAAUUAUUAUUCUCCAUCUCAGUAUUUUUGUAUU